GAAAAAACUUGCAACAGAUCAACCAGGACUUUCCCGUUCAUCUACUAUUAUUAUUGUUUUCCCCUCCCUCUGAUAUUUUUUGGGGAGCUGCUUAUUUUGACUCUCACACUGGCCGGAUUUCACUUGUGACAGCGCCGAAUGAAAGGGGGCGAAACGGAGAGAGAGACCCGGAGAGUUCAGCGCCGGGAAGGAGACUAGUCUCUACGUGGAGAGCAGAGCGAGUCGCCGGCUAUCGGCGGUGCGUCUUUGCGCGGUGGGGACCCGGGACCGAGCUGGACUGCGCUGUGGUUAUCUCCCGGUGCACACAAACACGGGGGGGGAAUACCUUGCUUUUGUGCGUCUCCGAAGAAGAGUUGGUGUCAUUUGAACAGAAUCGGAGGGAGCCUGUCGGAUCUUAGCCACACUGCUCCUCCACGCAUGUUGGAAGUGGAGAGAGGAGGGCUGGACGCCUGCGGCUGUGCGGCUCCUCAAGACGCAGCCAAGGAUUACCUCCUGCCCGGGCAUCGUUUGACGGAGUAAGAACGCCACAACCAACACGGAGUCUGGGUCAUUUUCUUCUGCCACAUCUUUGGGCUUCUUCGGGGAGGAUAUGGCACGGUGGGCGCUGGAGAGAGGAGCGCAGCCGGCACAGGCGAGAGGAAACAGGAGCUGAAUGACAGGAUGCCAGCGACCUGAGCACCGACACUUCUAACUUCGUUAAAAAUAAGAAGGAAACAAGAGAGAGAGAGAGACCCUAACUCUUUAUUGUGUCGAGUCGAGACAAGAAUACUCGCUCGAAGAACCUGCCGGAGGAGUUUCUUUUACGGAGUUUUGAACUUUUUGUAUGCGUAAUUUUAUUUUUUGGGUGACGAAACGAGGAUGCAUUGUGGAUUAGUCUUGAUCCUGUUCAUGGGAAUCCUUCUGGCGGUCAAGGCUUUCAAAAACGAUAAAUGUGGAGACAACAUCAGAAUCUCAGCGGCCAACUACCUCACCUCGCCUGGAUAUCCCCUGGCCUAUCCCCCUUCUCAGCGAUGCGUGUGGGUGAUAUCUGCGCCUGGUCCUCACCAGCGGAUCCUCAUCAACUUCAAUCCGCAUUUCGAUCUGGAGGACCGGGAAUGCAAGUACGACUACGUGGAGGUGCGAGAUGGCGUGGACGAGAGCGGUCAGCUUGUGGGGAAGUACUGCGGAAAGAUCGCUCCCUCUCCGGUCGUCUCCUCCGGAAACCAACUUUUCAUUAAGUUUGUGUCUGACUACGAGACGCACGGGGCAGGUUUCUCCAUCCGCUAUGAGAUCUUUAAGACAGGUCCAGAAUGCUCCAGGAACUUCACCUCCAACAGCGGUGUCAUAAAGUCGCCCGGUUUCCCAGAGAAAUACCCCAACAACCUGGACUGCUCUUUCAUGAUCUUCGCCCCCAAGAUGUCCGAGAUCAUCUUGGAGUUCGAGAGCUUCGAGCUGGAGCCCGACCCGACGCCCCCCACCGGCGUGUUCUGCCGCUACGACAGACUGGAGAUCUGGGACGGCUUCCCGGGAGUCGGCCCGUACAUCGGGAGGUACUGUGGACAGAACACGCCAGGCCGGAUCAUCUCCUACACGGGUAUCCUGGCACUGACCAUCAACACCGACAGCGCCAUCGCGAAGGAAGGCUUUUCCGCCAACUUCACCGUGAUCGAAAGGACCGUUCCGGAAGACUUUGACUGCAGCGACCCUCUGGGAAUGGAAUCGGGAGAGAUAACAUCGGACCAAAUCAUGGCCUCAUCCCAGUACAACCCCAGCUGGUCCCCAGAGCGCUCCCGACUCAACUACUAUGAAAACGCAUGGACGCCGGCAGAGGACUCAAACAAAGAGUGGAUACAGGUGGACCUCGGGUUCUUGCGAUUCGUCUCGGCCAUCGGCACCCAGGGCGCCGUUUCCCAGGAGACCCGGAAGAUCUACUACCUCAAGGCCUAUAAAGUGGACGUCAGCUCUAACGGAGAGGACUGGAUCACAUUGAAGGAAGGCUCAAAACAAAAGGUUUUCCAAGGCAACACCAACCCAACAGACGUUGCCAAGACGAUGCUGCCCAAGCCCACGCUGACGCGCUUCAUCCGGAUCCGUCCCGUUACCUGGGAAACAGGCAUCGCGCUGCGCUUCGAGGUGUAUGGAUGUAAGAUAUCAGAGUACCCAUGCUCGGGCAUGCUGGGCAUGGUAUCGGGGUUGAUCACAGACAACCAGAUCACCGCCUCCUCCCAUACGGACCGCAGCUGGGUACCGGAGAACGCCCGCCUGCUGACCAGCAGGACGGGAUGGACCUUGCUGCCCAAGCCCCAGCCCUUUACCAGCGAAUGGCUGCAGGUGGAUCUUGGCGAGGACAAGCUGUUGAAAGGGUUGAUCAUCCAGGGAGGGAAGCACCGGGAGAACAAGGUCUUCAUGAAGAAGUUCCGCCUCGGCUACAGCAGCAAUGGCUCCGACUGGAGGAUGGUGCUGGACACCAGUGGGAACAAGCCAAAGAUAUUCGAAGGGAAUAGCAACUACGACACUCCUGAGCUGAGGACGGUGGAGCCCCUGCUGACCCGCUUCAUCAGAAUUUACCCAGAGAGGGCCACUCCUGCUGGCAUGGGCCUGCGGCUAGAGCUCCUGGGCUGCGAGGUCGAAGCUCCGACAGUCCCGCCUACCACGCACAUCCCGAGCACCACUCCGUCGGACGAGUGUGACGACGACCAGGCGAGCUGCCACAGCGGCACAGGUGAUGACUACGACGUGACAGGUGGUCCCACGAUGCCAGAGGCCACCACUGCUGAAGUGGAUACCAUCCCAGCUUUCCUGUGGUUCGCCUGCGACUUUGGAUGGGCAAAUGACCCGUCCUUCUGCAGCUGGACGUCAGAGGGCACUGGUUCCAGGUGGCAGAUUCAGUCCAGUGGCACCCCCACCCUCAACACUGGACCUAACAUGGACCACACAGGUGGAUCGGGUAACUUCAUCUACACCUUGGCGACAAGUCCCCAAGAGACAGAGGUGGCUCGGCUGGUCAGCCCGGUGGUCAGCUCCCCGGACUCAGACCUGUGCGUGUCCUUUUGGUACCACAUGUUCGGGCCGCACAUUGGCACACUGCACAUCAAGCAGCGCAAGCAGACAGUUGAGGGACCGGCUGACAUCCUGCUGUGGACCGUCAGCGGUCACCAAGGCAACCGCUGGAGGGAAGGUCGUGUCCCUGUGCCCCGCACCAACCAACCCUAUCAGGUGGUGAUCGAAUGUCUGGUGGAGAGAAAGAGCUGGGGAGACAUCGCUGUGGAUGACAUUAAGGUGCUCAAUGGACUCAGCAUGACAGACUGUAAAGAUCCUGACGUACCCACUGAGUCGAUGCUACCAGAGGACCGCUUCAACGAAAUCCUUGAGGAGAUCACCGAAUAUCCAGACUUUGUGGAGACCAACCAGAUCAGCGGAGCCGGCAACAUGCUGAAGACGCUCGACCCCAUCCUCAUCACCAUCAUCGCCAUGUCCGCCCUGGGGGUCUUCCUGGGCGCCAUCUGUGGCGUGGUUUUGUACUGCGCGUGCUCGCACGGAGGCAUGUCGGACAGGAACUUAUCUGCCCUGGAGAACUAUAACUUUGAACUUGUGGAUGGUGUCAAGCUAAAGAAGGACAAACUCAAUGUACAGAGCUCAUAUUCGGAGGCGUGAGAUGGGACCGGGUGCACUCGCGUGACUGUAUGGCGUGCAGAGCUCGCAGGGCGUGCACAUAGACUGGCUGUAGGCAUAUCCUCUCGUAUAUCAACGAGUAACCGGCUCAAAGGACUGCCGACGCCCUCAACUCGCUGGACAGGUUCAGGAACCAAUGGGAGGGUCGACCUGAUACACGCUUUUCUCAGGAGCUGCAGUAAAAAAGAACCUACCAGUAGGGGACACUGUGUACAGAUAAAAUACAGAAAAAAAUUAUGUACAAAUGAUUUAGAUGAUAUUUUAAUUUUCUAUUUUGAUUUUCAUUCAUUUUUACAAUCGGAUGCUGGUGUUGAGACCAAUUUAUUAAUAAUGUUUAAAGUAUUUAUCGUUUUCUGGAAAAUAAAUGUUUAGUUAGUUUUUUCGUAUCAGUUCAUGAAGGCUGUUGUUUAUUUUAAAGUUUUGAAAGAGACGUAUCAAAAUCCUAAAUGUACCAUAUCCGGCAAAACUGUAAAUUUGCCCUAGCAUAAAGGGUGUGCCCAUAACCCAUGGCCCUGAGACAUGUACCCUUUCCCCUUUGACCUCUAUCACUCUAAUGUGAGGGUCCCACUCACGGCAAUGUAUAUUCUGACAGUGCCUUUAGUACAUUUCGGUUCGGCCUCCUCUGUUGAUCUGGGUGUUUUUUACUGUACUUGGCCUAAGUUUUGAUCACAGGAAACAUGAUCUUAUAAAUAACUGCAGAACAGGAUAAAUCUAUCACAGUGCUUUGUUUUGUUUUCUUGUUGUUCUUUGUCCAAAAACCACACACUGUAAAUACGUUUUAAUAUAUUUUAUUGCCCUUUCUAAGAAAGUAAAAAGAAAGAAGAAAAAAAAGCUGCAGUAUCCCUUUUUUCAUGGGUUUGUGUGUCUGUAAAUACAUUCUUCUGACUGUUCUGUGGAAGGUCCAGUUAUAUGUUUUUGUAUUUUAGAUUACUUUGCUCAGACGAGUAAGAUGUGUGUGGUCGAUUUUCAAUGUGUAUUGAAGCCAUCUGUCAUCGAAAAUGCCCACUUCACGAAGAAAAACACAGAAAGACAAAUGAAUCAAAAGGUAACGGAGAAAACAACGACAACAACAACAAAAAACCGCUGACAUGACGAUGAUAUCUUUGCUGUGAGUUUCACCAGAACAUGUUCCCAUCAAACACGCUCAUGUCGACGGCAGAGGAGGGGGUGGUGAAAUGUAUUUCAUGUCUGCCAGCAUACCAAAAAAAACAACAACAAUCAUCAUCGCUUUGCUUUCGCUCAGACCGAGACGAGCUCGCCACCUCCGAAGAACUUGUUCACUGAAGAAGUACUGACCGGACAAUGCAGCUUGAAUGCACAUGUGUGUGUGUAUAUAAAAAAGGGGUGAAACACACUAACUGAAGAAUGGUGCUGUUCCUUUAGCCAGACACGAUGAACCAGCUUGUCAUUGUUCACAUGCUGUACUGUAGCUUAAAGGCCUCUCGGACCGUGAAGGCUUUCUUCUCUUUUGUACGUGUUCCACGUGUAGCAGCCAUAACGUUGUGAUGUCAUUAGGAUGGGACACUGGUACAGUGAGUGGGGGGAACACCAGGUCACCCAUGGCCUGGGGCUUAACCAGAAGAACGGUGGCCCCCUUCAUGGUUCACCGGGGGGAUUUUCUCACUUAGUAAAUACCACAAGACCUUUGGUUCCCUUUAUCAUCACCCACAAAAGAACUGAGUCCUCGCUUUGUCCCGGCAGAGUAAAUCAAGAGGGGGAAUGGUAGGACGCUCGUAGAGAAAGAGCUGUUUGUUUUUUCUCUCUCUGUUAAAGCUUCAAACAAGUGCAAAUGUCACCUCGACGUGAACUCUUCACAUCUCCAUUGAGACUCUUGUUUGCCGAUAGGUGGGUGUGUGGAUGGAUGGGACAAUCCCGACCGCUUGACACUGAAAGAGGAAGGGCCUCCGCGUGAGAUUGACAGUAUCAGGACACAGGGGCCCACAGGAAAGCCACUGUGUGGCUCUCUCUCGCGCCACAAUCAAACAAAAACAAUAAGUGGAUCCAGAGAAGAGCGACAUCCUCCCUCCCCAUCCCCCCCCCCCCCCCCCCUUGGUUUACGGAGGACUGUAGCUCCCUGACUGUAGUCUGCUGACUUCGAGAAAACGAAGCACUGUAGCGUGGACUCAAAAACAAACAAUGUUGCACUGAUAAAUAUAUUUAAGAGGUUUAUGUGUUUAUAGCGUUCAUUUGCAAAGAAAGAAAAGAUAAGCAGACGUCAAAAACACAAAAAACGUUUUCAUUUAUUUCAUCUUUUUUAUAAAUAAACAUAUAUGAAUAUAUAGUUUCAGAUUAUGUGGUAUGAUUCUGAAAUGUAAAAAAUAUCGCAAAUGUUUUCAUUAUUGAAAAAGGCAUACAAGAUUUUCCAACAGUAAUGUCCCCUCCCCCUCCAUUGACAUGUCAUAUUAACGCAUCGUUUUGUACGGUCAUUCAAAUUUUGUGCAGAUUACUUUUCUUUUUUUUUACGAGAAGAAGAAAAGAAUACUUUUAUUUUCAAUACUGCUUCUGUAAUUGCUGUUGUAGGGGAAAAAAUGAAUAAACAGCAAGGCCUUAAAAAGUG